UUGGAAGAAGGGUGGACAGUAAACGAGGAAAGAAAUGAAUGAUAUUUGCCACAGAGGAGAUAUGAAUAAAGGGAGUAAUAAAUGGUUGUCUUUCUCAGUUUGUGAUAACUAAUAAGUCGCUCUCCGCUCCACACAGUCACUAUUUUACCCAAAUGUGAGGAGGAAACAUUCUACUCUACUAGCUACUGCGUUCUCUUUCUCAUCAAAACAAAGGCAGAAGAGAAGACCUUCUUCUCCCUCGAAUUCCAUUUCUAUUUCAUUACAAAACUAAGUUAAUCUGCUAGUUCAUUCUGAUUCUUUUUUUGGUUCUCAAAUUGGAAACAAGAAAAGCAACUAAAGAAGAAGAAAAAGGGAACUUUUUAAGGUUUGUAUUUGAAAAAAGAAGUUGCUGGUUGUCUCUGUCUUAAAUUUUCCGUAGAACAGUCUCAAACAAUCAAAACCCAAAUGAAUAUUGGAGCAAUUAACGUUACACCAACUCCUUCUGCUUCUCGCAAUUCUAAGUUUCCCCUGCUGUUGCCGCAGGCAGUUCGCACCUCUCAAAGGAUUUGUUGUUUCUCUAAUCUCUCAAAAUGUAAUAAUAAUAGUAAUAAUCCUUUGGGAUGGUCUAAGCUACAGCCGAGCAAAUGUAUGUUGCCUUUGGGAGCGGUAGUGACUUCUAAAUCUCAAAAUGUGUCUACUUCACCUCUUAUUGGUGAUGAGAAGAUUGGAGUUUUGUUGCUUAAUCUUGGAGGUCCUGAGACUCUCGAAGAUGUGCAGCCUUUCCUCUUCAACCUUUUCGCUGAUCCGGACAUUAUAAGGCUGCCAAGGUUGUUUCGGUUUCUACAAAAGCCGUUGGCAAAAUUCAUAUCUACUGUAAGGGCACCCAAGAGCAAAGAAGGUUAUGCUUCAAUUGGUGGUGGUUCGCCUCUGCGGCAGAUAACUGAUGCACAGGCUGAGGAGUUGAGGAAGUCCCUUUGGGAAAAGAAUGUCCCAGCGAAGGUGUAUGUUGGUAUGCGUUAUUGGCAUCCAUUUACUGAAGAAGCCAUUGAACAGAUAAAAAGAGAUGGAAUCAGAAAGCUUGUUGUUCUUCCUCUUUAUCCACAGUUCUCAAUAUCAACUAGUGGUUCUAGCCUUCGUCUCUUGGAGAGUAUAUUUCGGGAAGAUGAAUAUCUUGUCAACAUGCAGCACACUGUGAUACCAUCCUGGUACCAGCGUGAAGGAUACAUAAAAGCCAUGGCAGAUCUAAUUGAAAAGGAAUUAGAAAAAUUUGACUGUCCUGAGAAGGUUGUGAUAUUUUUCAGUGCUCAUGGAGUGCCACUUGCAUAUGUCGAAGAGGCUGGUGAUCCUUACAAAGCAGAGAUGGAGGAAUGUGUGGAUCUGAUAAUGGAAGAAUUAGAGAAGAGAAAGAUCACUAAUUCAUUCACUCUUGCCUAUCAGAGUAGAGUUGGACCUGUGGAAUGGUUAAAGCCCUAUACUGAUGAGACAAUUAUUGAUCUUGGCAGAAAAGGGGUGAAGAAUCUUCUUGCUGUCCCAAUUAGCUUUGUUAGCGAGCAUAUUGAAACUCUUGAAGAAAUUGAUGUUGAGUAUAAAGAGUUGGCUCUUAAGUCUGGCAUAGAAAAAUGGGGACGUGUCCCUGCACUAGGAUGUGAGCCGACCUUCAUUUCAGAUUUGGCAGAUGCUGUGAUCGAGUCUCUUCCAUAUGUUGGGGCUAUGGCAGUUUCAAAUCUUGAAGCUCGACAGUCUUUAGUUCCGCUUGGUAGUGUGGAGGAGUUGUUGGCCGCAUAUGAUUCGAAGCGCAGGGAAUUACCACCACCUGUGGUUGUGUGGGAAUGGGGUUGGACAAGAAGUGCAGAAACAUGGAAUGGAAGAGCUGCAAUGCUGGCAGUUCUUGUUCUACUGGUUCUUGAAGUCACUACUGGGGAGGGAUUUUUGCACCAAUGGGGAAUAUUGCCACUGUUUCGUUGACAAAUAGCCUGUAUAUAUAUAAAACACACCAAAUGUAAAUUUUGUUGCUGAAAUGUCAACCUCAUGCACUAAUACAGACUGCAGAGGCAUCUCUACGAGCAUACUGGAUAUUUAGGCAUUAUUGUCCAUAAUCCUGGCAGAUUGGAUUUGGGGUAAUAUUAUUUAGGUACAGUCUGGAUAAAAAAUCUGUACGAAAUGAGGAAAAUCAUAUUUUAUAGAAUUAUUUUGUUAAUUUGAAUAAUAUUCUCUGGUUUUGACACAUUACUUGUAUAAUGUUCUCUAAAUGAUACUUGUUCUGUAAGGUUAGGCAUUCAUGCCCAUGUUUGGUA